GAGCACCUCAAUGCAUGGGAUGCUGUGGCGUCUAUAUUCUUCAUAGACACCGCUAAGAACGUUGUCCAGUAUAUAAGGGUGCUGGCCCAUUGUAUAAAACCGGGAGGAGUCUUCAUCAAUAUUGGACCGCUGUUGUGGCACUUCGCUGAGAGCAAGAAUGAUAUCAGCAUCGAGCUGAGUUGGGAGGAUGUACGACCAUUAUUGGAGGUUUAUUUCGAUAUAGUAGAAGAGAAGCGUUUGGAUGCCAAUUAUGCGGCGAAUCUGGACAGCUUAUCAGAA